UUUGACGUUUCUCACAUAACCUAACCUCUGAAACCUUGUGACAAAGAGUAAUCCUCGUAACAAACCCAAAUAGUUCCAUUUCUUUCCUCCUCAUGUUAUCACCCGCACCUCAACCCUAGCGCACGUCUGCACUCGUCACCAUUCACGAAUCUCGCCACUCCGGCCAAGAGCAAGAUUCCUCGAAAGCAAGAAUAAAAUGGAAGAAACGGCCGUCGCGCCGCCUCCAGCCCCCCAGGACGCCGCCAACACCGCAGACAUAUCACAGGAAAAAACACGGAUCGACGCCGACGAGAACCAGAAGAGUCCGAACGACUCCGAGUACGACAGCGCUGGCAGCUACAGCGAUGAGGAAAGGGACAAAGUGAGGCCCAGGAACUCGAGGGAUCAGACGGAGUCGGAGAGCGAAGGCAGCGUGGGUUUGGAAAGAGAGUCCGGAGAUGGGCAAGAGAGCGUCCCGGCGCGGAAAGUCGACGACGACGAAGACAAGAAGAACCCGCAGUAUAUCCCCAAAAGGGGCACCUUUUACGAGCACGACGACAGGACGAUCGACGACGAUGCAAAUUUGAACACGGCAGAGCUAGAGAAGGACAAGGAACAGAAGAAGAAAGUCUGGCAAGAUAAGAAGGAGAGGUGGAGUCAUGAUCGGUUUAAUGAUUCAGAGCAGGCCCCAAAAUCUAGGUCUGAACUAGUAGCGAUUUAUGGAUAUGACAUCAGGAAUGAGGAUGGACCUCCAAGAGCCAGAAGGCGUAGGAGAUACGGCCGCGGCCCCAACAAGUACACCCGCAACUGGGAAGACGAAGACGCCUACAGCAAACCCGCCCCCACCCGCAUCAAGAAGAUCCCCAAGAAGCCGACCAACCGCAGCGAAGAAUUUCCCCCGCUCAACGACAGGAACCGAGACCGACCGAGAGAAGACGACAAGCCCGAACCGCCCGAGCCCGCCCCCGAGACCAACGGCAACCACCGCAACCCGCCACAGCCCGAGCACGCGCAGCCGCCCCCGCCGCCCCAGGAGUUCUACCGCAGCCAGCAGCAGCGCGUCGGCUCGGGCCGGGUCGUCAAACCCAAACGCGAAAUCAAAGAUUCGGACUACCGGGGCUUCACCACGAAGACGCGCCAGGUCCGGAACAUGAAAACCGACCAGAAAGUCCUUCCGAAACAGAAAAAAGACGAGCCGAUUCAGACGCAGAACUUCACGAAUACCAACAAGAACAACAACGUCCAGGAGCUGGAGAAGGACUUGUCGAAGCUGAGCGUCCAGGAGGGCUCGGCGAAGGGCAAGCACGGCGGGCAGAGGCAGGGCAGCGUUCCGCCGAGGCUGCAGUCGGAGCAGAAGGGCUCGAAGAGGUAUAGUUCCAUACGUCAGCGGUCACUGCCUGAGUCAGCCACGCCGCCCUUCACGCAGCCGCAGCACACGAAUUACUACUCAAAUGAAUUCAACCAGAACCAAGUGAUUCAUCAGAACGCACAAAUUCAUCCGUCCACGACCCAGGUCCCGCAGAUCGCGCCGCCGCCGCUGCCGCCCAUCCCGCAGGUGCCGGUGACGGCCGCGCCCAUCCUGCAGGCCCCGCCCCAGUUCGCGCCGCCCUUCGCCCAGGCCCCGCCCUUCCUGCAAGCGGCCCCUCCCCCGUUCAUCCCCCCGCAGACGCCGCAGAUCAUCAACUACGUGCCGAGCCAGCCGCAGUUCCCGCAGGGCUACCAGGGCUACCAGCAGCAGUUCAAUCAAGUGUCGCAGCCGGAGCUGUACCAGCCCCAGGGCGGGAUCACGUAUUACUCGACCGACCAGCAGGUGUCGCAGCGCUCCGUCCCGCUCAAACGCCCCAAGGCGGCGAUUCCUAUCGUGGCUCCGCCCCCCAUCGACCUCAAAGGUAAGAUGAAGGAGGAGGACGUCUCGUUGUACGAGGGCGACGGCUCGGUGACCAGCGACUCCCAAACAGGUGACAGUAGCAGCGCUCAGGAAUCAAAUAUACAGGAUUGUGGUAAUACCUGGAAUAUACUUUCUCUUAAUUUCACUCAUUUUAAACGUUAAGCGGUUGCUUGGAGAGUUGUCGCGGGUUUUUCCAAAUUUUUUUUCUUUUUGUGAAAAUAUAACGUAUGCAUUACGUGCAACAUUUAGGAAUAGAAAAUUCUUAUUUUAAUGUUAUUUGUUUAAUAAUCAAAUAUUUACUUUUCAAUGUAAAGUUUUUGUAAAACUACAUGUAUUAAACAUACAAGUGAUACAACAAGUGUGGUUUCAUUUCACUCUACGUAACAUCGUCCACCUGUCAUUUUCCAGUAUUAGUAUUAUCAGAGAACGCAUUUUUAAUUCCCAAUUUUCAAAAGGGCAAUGACUUACGCCGUCACAAUCUUAUUCAACCGUUGAGCUUCACAUCACGUACUUAAAUAAGAGCGUUUAGUGACUCACCUUGUAUAAAUAUUAUUCGAGGUGAAACUGUCAACGCUCGACGCAGACUCACCACUCCACAAGUAAAAUAAAGGACAAUAAAAACAAUCAAACAAUAAUCAAAAAACACAAACCUGUAAUUCGCAUAUAAAUAAUUCUAAGUUUUUUCUUCCAAUAGUUUGUAAAAUGUACGUCAGAUUAUAUAACAACGUUAAUUAGGGAA